AUGACCUCGGAAGGGGGCUUGCGGCAAUGCCUCACCGAUUUGUCUCGAGCCGACACAAGCGGUGACUACCAGAAGGCUUUGCAAGCAGCUAAUAGAAUUAUUCGUCGUUAUCCAAAGGAGCUUUAUGCCUUCAAAUGCAAACUCGUGUGCCUCAUUCAAUUGGCAAUGUACGAUGAUGCCCUUACGUUGCUCAAAAAGACGCCACCGAACCAAAUGGGGGAAUGCGCCUUUGAGAAAGCAUAUAUCCUAUACCGUCUCGAAAGAAACGACGAAGCUCUGGAAGCGUUGGCAGCCUGUGAUCCAAAAGAUCAUCGAGCGCUUGAAUUGAAGGCGCAACUUUGCUACCGCCUUGAUCAGUUUCAGGAAGCGCUCGAUAUUUUCCGUGAUUUGUUGAGAAAUCAUUCGGAUAGUUACGAUGAUGAACGAAAGGCGAACUAUCUUGCUGUACAAGCCCAACUGGAGGCUAUGGGCCUCAAACAGCAAACUGCAGAUGAUAGUGAAACCUUCGAACAGUUGUACAACACUGCAUGUCAACUUAUUGAAGCUGGUAAAUACGAAAAGGCUCUGUCAAACCUCGAUAAGGCAAUCAGUGCUUGCCGAAAUACCCUAAGCGACGAGGGAUUGGAUGAGGAAGAGAUCGAGGACGAGCUCGCUAUGCUUCGUGUACAACGUGCCUUUGUGUUACAUAAAAUUGGAAGAAAACAGGAAGCUAUUGAUAUAUACAGAACACUUCAAGCGGCUGGACCCUCUGAUGUAAGUGUUAUGGUCACAGUGGCGAAUAACAUGGCAAGCGCAAUGAAGGAUCAAAGUCUUGCUGAUUCUCGGAAAAAGCUGAAAACUGCGUUACAAUUGGACCAGAAGAAGCUGUCCACACGACAACGACGAACGCUUAUGUUGAAUAAUGCUCUCGUACUGUUACACUCAAACCAAAGGGAGCCAUGUCGACGUGUCUUGGACGAUCUGAUCAACGUUUUUGGAGCAUCAAAAGAUACUCGGCUCAUUGAAGCUGCGUUAUGCUUCAGGCUGAAUGAAUUCGAAAAAGCCAUCAAGAUGCUCGAAAAUGGCGAUCUUCAAAUGGAAAUGACACGUAUCCAUCUCAUGAUAAAUAGCGGUCGACUUGAUGAAGCUAUUACUGCGUUGAACAAUAUUCCUGCAAAUGUUCGGCUACAGUCUGCUGUAGUCAGUCUUGCUGUUAGUUUAUUGGUCUCGCUGGAACGAAAGGACGAGGCUUUGAAGAUGUUGAAUGAGGCAAUCGGGCAUAUGAAGGAUGCAGACGUACGCAAGCAGAUGCUCAGUCAAGCAGCUUUGCUGGAAUCGUCGAGGGGAAAUGCAGCGGCUGCAGCAAAAUAUUUAGAACAGCUUGUUGAGUAUGAUCCGAAUGACAUUAAAGUGCUUUGUCGUUUGAUUCGGGCGUAUACCGUUUCGGAUCCGAAAAAGGCCGAGCAGCUGAGUGCACAAGUGUUUCCUGAGACAGCAGAAGAAGGCCUGGACGUUGAUGGUAUUGAGGAAAGCGAUUGGAUCCUUUACGGCGAAAAAUAUAAGCAGAAAAAGGAGGCGAAGUCCGAAGUCGAAGACACUGAGAUAGUGACUAGAAAGUUGAAGAAUCGCAAGCGCAAGAGAAAGAUUAAACUUCCGAAGAACUAUGAUCCCAAUGUGCCACCAGAUCCUGAAAGAUGGCUACCUAAACAAGAGCGUGCUGCUUAUAAAAAGCGACAGAAGAAGAACCGUGAUAGGGAUAUCGGUAGGGGCACUCAAGGCUCCGCUGCAACCAAUCCUAAUGUUGAAUAUGUUACGGCAUCUCCAAGCUCUCCAGCACCAAUGCCCACUAUGCCCGAAGGGCCACGUCAGCUGCGUCCCAAACAGCAGCCUAAAAAGAAAAAGAAGCCAUCCAAAUUCUAG